CCGAGAACACCUCGUCAUUUCCUCGUUGUAGCGCUCGUCCUGCGGAAGUGUUUGAAAGUGCCAUUGCGCGAGACGAGCGCGAGCUCCACGCUGCACGAGCUGAUCAAUAGGCCUCCGCACGCGGCAUGUGAUGGAGUGGCAGCCGGAUGAACAAGGCCUCCAGCAGGUCCUGCAGCUCCUGAGAGACUCUCAAUCUCCAAACACAGCCACACAGAGAGCUGUGCAGCAGAAACUAGAGCAGCUGAAUCAGUUUCCUGAUUUCAACAACUAUCUCAUCUUCGUCCUGACGAGGCUGAAAACUGAAGAUGAGCCCACUCGAUCCCUCAGCGGUCUGAUACUGAAGAACAACGUGAAGGUUCACUAUCAGAACUUCCCUCCUGGAGUCGCACACUUCAUCAAGCAGGAAUGUUUAAACAACAUCGGAGACCCUUCCCCUCUCAUCCGCGCCACUAUCGGUAUCCUAAUUACAACGAUUUCCACCAAAGGGGAGUUGCAGACAUGGCCGGAGUUGCUGCCCCAGCUGUGCAACAUGCUCAACUCCGAGGACUACAACAUCUGUGAGGGCUCGUUUGGAGCUCUACAGAAGAUCUGCGAGGACUCGUCUGAGCUCCUGGACAGUGACGCUCUGAACCGACCCCUCAACAUCAUGAUUCCCAAGUUCUUGCAGUUCUUCAAACACUGCAGCCCAAAGAUCAGAUCUCAUGCUAUUGCAUGUGUGAAUCAGUUUAUCAUCGGAAGAGCGCAAGCCCUGAUGGACAACAUUGACACCUUUAUUGAGAGUCUGUUUGCGCUGGCCGCAGACGAGGACUCGGAGGUGCGGAAGAACGUGUGCAGGGCUCUGGUCAUGCUGCUGGAGGUCCGAGUUGACCGACUCAUCCCUCACAUGCGCAGCAUCGUUGAGUACAUGCUGCAGCGCACACAGGACCCGGAUGAGAACGUGUCUCUGGAGGCCUGUGAGUUCUGGCUUACGCUGGCUGAGCAGCCCAUCUGUAAGGAUGCCCUCUCUGGACACCUUGCACAACUAGUUCCUGUUCUGGUGAACGGGAUGAAGUACUCUGAGAUUGACAUCAUUUUGUUAAAGGGUGAUGUGGAGGAAGACGAGGCCGUGCCGGACAACGAGCAGGACAUAAAGCCUCGCUUUCACAAGUCUCGUACCGUCACCCUUCGCCAUGAAGGUGAUGAAGCGGAGGAAGGAGAGGACAGUGAUGACGAUGAUGAUGACGACGACGACAGUCUCUCCGACUGGAAUCUACGUAAGUGUUCGGCAGCCGCCCUUGAUGUCCUGGCAAAUGUGUUUCGGGAUGAGUUGCUGCCCCACCUGCUCCCUGUGCUGAAGGAACUGCUGUUCCACCCGGACUGGGUCAGUAAAGAGUCUGGUAUCCUGGUGCUUGGAGCCAUUGCUGAAGGCUGUAUGCAGGAUAUGGUGCUGUACCUGCCUGAGUUAAUUCCUCACCUGAUCCAGUGUCUCUGUGAUAAGAAAGCACUGGUCCGCUCCAUCGCCUGCUGGACUCUGAGUCGCUAUGCACACUGGGUGGUCAGCCAGCCACCCGACUCCUACCUCAAACCCCUCAUGACCGAGCUGCUCAAACGCAUUCUUGACAGCAACAAGAGGGUUCAAGAGGCCGCCUGCAGCGCAUUUGCGACCCUGGAAGAGGAGGCCUGUACAGAGCUGGUUCCCUACUUGAGCUUCAUUCUGGACACACUGGUGUUUGCUUUCGGCAAGUACCAGCAUAAGAACUUAUUGAUCCUAUAUGAUGCCAUCGGAACCCUUGCUGACUCUGUCGGACACCAUCUUAACCAGCCGGAAUACAUCCAAAAGCUCAUGCCCCCUCUGAUUCAGAAAUGGAAUGAGUUAAAAGAUGAAGACAAAGAUCUGUUCCCCUUGUUGGAGUGUCUGUCUUCAGUGGCCACAGCCCUGCAGAGUGGUUUCCUGCCUUACUGUGAACCAGUUUACCAGCGCUGUGUCACCCUGGUCCAGAAGAACCUCGCUCAAGCCAUGAUGUAUAACCAGCAACCUGACCAGUAUGAGUCCCCUGAUAAAGACUUCAUGAUUGUGGCCCUUGAUCUGCUCAGCGGUCUGGCCGAGGGACUCGGGGCUCAUGUAGAACAGCUGGUCACCCGCAGCAACAUCAUGACCCUGCUCUUCCAGUGCAUGCAGGACCCCAUGCCAGAAGUGCGACAGAGUUCGUUCGCUCUCCUAGGAGACUUGACGAAGGCGUGUUUCCUUCACGUGAAGCCAUGCGUCGCUGAGUUCAUGCCUGUCCUGGGUGUCAAUCUCAACCCUGAGUUCAUAUCUGUGUGCAACAAUGCCACGUGGGCCAUCGGAGAGAUUGCUAUUCAGAUGGGUACGGAGAUGCAGCCUUUUGUGGCCUUGGUUCUCAAUAACCUUGUGGAGAUCAUCAACCGACCUAAUACACCCAAAACUCUACUGGAGAACACAGCCAUUACGAUUGGUCGACUGGGAUACGUGUGUCCACAGGAAGUUGCCCCCAUGUUGGCACAGUUCAUUCGCCUCUGGUGCACGUCACUUAGAAACAUUCGGGACAAUGAAGAGAAAGACUCUGCCUUCAGAGGCAUUUGCAUAAUGAUUGGGGUAAAUCCGGGAGGAGUCGUACAGGACUUCAUCUUUUUCUGUGAUGCUGUGGCCUCCUGGGUAACUCCAAAAGACGAUUUGAGGGACAUGUUCUACAAGAUUUUGCACGGCUUCAAGGAUCAGGUUGGCGAGGAUAACUGGCAGCAGUUCUCAGAACAGUUUCCACCACAGCUGAAGGAGAGACUUUCAGCCUGUUAUGGUGUGUAGAUGCCGCCCCUGCUGACAUGAGAUUCUACUAUUAGGUCAAAUCUGCGGGAGGGUUACUGUCUGUUUGUGGGAACUACCUGCUGUUGGAGCCAAAGACGUGUGACGGUUUGCGAUCUGUUGUGAUCCUGCUUCCUGUAGUGAAAGAGGAUUUGAGAGAGUUAAUGUGAAAUCAACCAUUUUAUUGUCACACUUUGGCUUCUUACUCGCUCAUAACGGGAAUGAAACCUGAAGCUCAGGGAUCUUGAUCGGGAGGGAGGGAUCGUUCAGGCAAGAUUCACCAGCUGCUUAUUGGACAAAACGACGCCAUUCAGUAGUCCAGCCUUAGCAAAGCAUGGCUUCUCAGCUAGAUGCCAAAAGCACACACACACACACACACACACACACGGAAAAUGCAACGAGCGGCAUACAUGCUUAAGGCAAACUGCCUGAUUAAAAUGAGUUUUUCUUAGAGAUAGAUCACCCAAAAAUGAAAAGUUUUCAUCCUUUUGUUACUCAAAAUUAUGUUUAACUCAUCUGUGAGAUGCUGGUUAGCACAAUCUUUUGCAUAAAACAAAAAAGUGGAUUAUAUCUCCAAAUAGGACAAAUGUUUUUGCAUUUAAGAGUAGUUAUGCAGUGUUUGAGAAA